AGAUUCAAAGGCUUUAUAAAAACGUUAUCCCAUCCAUGUAAAUAGCUUCCAUGUCUAUAUAAUUUCACGAACAUCCCAAGGCAGCUCCAUUAUUGUUUCCUAAUUUCCCAUGGCGCAAACCAAAACCGUUCUGAAACUUGAUAUUGCAUGCCAGAAAUGCAAGACCAAAGUCCUUAAAGCUGUUACUUCCAUAGAAGGCGUGGACAAGGUUGAGACAGACGAAGCCAAGGGGACUUUAUCCGUGACCGGCACGGCGGAUCCGGUCGACAUAGUUAAACGUACGAGGAAGGCGAUUUCUUGCGCCGGCAAGAUUGUUGAUGUCGUGAGCAUUGGACCGCCACCCAAACCGGAGGAAAAGAAACCGGACGAUAAAAAACCAGAUGAUAAGAAGCCCGCCCCGCCCCCUUGUCCUUGCCCAUGCCCGCCCUACCCGCCUUAUUCUGGAUCAUACGUCGUCGUACCUUGUGAAACUAAUCCUUCUUGCUCUAUUCUUUAGUCUAUAAUACAAAUUAGUUGAGAAUUGUUUAAACAAUUAAUGUGUGAUUGAUACGUUUGUAAAAUAAUUUUAAUUUUGGGAUGAUUUUUCUUGUUUAAUAGUAGGAAGACCAUUUCAUUUUGUGA